UUCAACAUUCAACAUCAAGGCUUCUCUUUCUCUUCCUCUCGAGAAAAUAAAAUAAAAAUGGCAACCUCUCCUUUGAACACAAAAUCCAAUUUCCAUGGUCGCUCAAUCAGUUUGCCCUCUAGACCACACCCACUCAUUCUUAAAUGCAAUGACCAUUUAGACACCUUAUUAAAGGCUUCCAAUGAAACCUCAUCAUCUUCACUUUGCCAUAAGAUUGAUGGCUUGCGAGAUUUGAUUGAGUGUGUUGAAAAUUUGAUUCAGCUUCCACUAACUCAAGAUGCACUUGUUCAUGAACAUCAAGAAAAUUGGGUUAAUAACCUUUUGGAUGGAUCCUUAAGGCUAUUAGAUGUAUGCAGUUCAUCCAAAGAUGCUUUAAUCCACACAAAAGAGUGUACAAGGGAACUUCAAUCCAUCAUAAGACGAAAAAGAGGAGGUGAAGUGGAAAUCGCGACAGAAGCUAAGAAAUUCUUGACAUCUAGAAAGAUAGUUAAAAAGGCUAUUGCCAAAACAUUGGCAAAUUUGAAGGGCAAUACCAAAAGUUGCAACAUGUUAUCUACAAACAAAGAUCAUCAAACAGUUGUUUUGAUUAACUUAUUACAAGAUGUUGAAGUGGCUACACUAUCAACAUUUCAGACAAUAUUGCAGUUUAUCUCAGGAGCCACACAAUCAAAGUCAAACAGCUGGAGUUCCAUUUCAAAGCUAAUUCAGCCGAAAAGAGUUGCUUGCUCGCUAUUGACAGAUGAAAGUGAAUUUGGUCAAGUGGAUGUAGCAUUGCAGUCUUUUGUAUUGAACAAAACUAGAAAACUUGAAGCCAUCAAUGAUCUGCAAAAUCAUUUGGAGAAAACAGAAUCAUGCAUUCAAGACCUCGAAGAAGGGCUUGAGUUUCUAUUUAGGCGUCUUAUUAAAAUCAGAUUCUCACUUCUUAAUGUCCUCAACAAUUAGUUGAACUUUUAUGUAUGAGGAACAAAAUUUUGUAGUGAUAUAUAGAUAUACUUGUACAUGGAAAUUAUGUGUAAAUGUAUAGCAAUAGCAAUAGCAAUA